AUGUUAUGCAGAAUAGUGCUUCUUCACAGUUCCCAAGUGACCAUCUCACUUUAUAAAUAUGAUGUAUAUAAUGUUCCAGGCGCGCUUUACGUAACAUGCGUUACUAAGAUGUCUACAGCAUUGGAGGGGAAUAUAUGUUCAAACUGUCUGAAACAAAGCGAUGUCUAUCUAGUAUGUGUUGAGUGCAGCCGUGUACAACUGUGUAUUACUUGCUAUUGUUAUGGUGCUGAAUCUGGAAUGCAUAAAAAGAACCAUGGUUAUCGCAUUUCGAGGCUAAGUUUGUUACCACGUUCCAUACUCGAAGGUUGGAGUUCUGAAGAGGAAUUAAAUCUUUUAGAAGCUUUGGAACAAUAUGGAAUAGGAAACUGGGAAGAUAUCGCCUUAAAAGUGGAAACUAAAAGCUCUGAGGAAUGCAUGCUUCAUUAUUGCAAUCGUUAUUUAGACGGAGCUUUUGGCCUAGAGCUAUUAAAUGACAGCAAUUAUUUUUCUCGGAUUACAGAUCAUACAAGCCCGUCUACAGUGUUAUCUCCAGUACAACCGUCACAUUCUUCGUGUAUUGAUAUUGAAGAUCAACAGUUGUUAGGUUAUAUGCCAAAUCGUGGUGACUUUGAACGAGACUAUGACAAUGAUGCUGAAAGUAUUCUUUGUCGACUGCAUCCGAGUUUCUCCCAUGAUGAUUUAGAAGAUGCUUUGAAAGUGGCACAGGUUAAUAUAUACAUGCAGAGACUACGUGAACGUCAACGACGCAAAGAAAUUGCUUGUGAACAUGCUCUAAUUCCACAUAUUUUGGCAUUUAUUCUAAACAAACGUAUUAAAAGACGCAUGGCUGUAAAAGAUAUCGUUAACGAAAACAUACCUAUGAAAGGUAGACCUCGGGGACGUCCACCAUUGUCGAAGAGAUUAUUGUACAAUAAACUUUCGAAUAAAAGCACACCUGUAAAGAGAACCAACACUCAUGAGUCUGUUAGCAAGGAUGUGGCUAAAAAGCCUCCCCCAAAUAGUUGGUUGGCUGCUCCUUUUGUUCUUCAGUCUUCUGGACCGACAAAAGGUGCACCAAUUGUGAUCAGUAUCCCAUCUAAUAUUUCAGGUGACAAUGCACCAGAUGAUUAUAAAAGUUUACCUCUAUCCACCGCUUAUAAAAUGGGAUCAACGAAGUUGAUUGAAGAUUUUAAUGGAUUUUAUCUGAAUGAAAAAUUAAAGCCAUUCCUAAGAUAUUUCACUGGCAUUCAAGGAAAACAUUUUAUGGAAAAUCUGCAUAGUAAGUAUACCGUUUCCAAAAAACAAAAUUGAAUAACUUAACUGUUGUUUUUCUGUCAUGUGUAGAAGAAGAAGUGAUUAAACAUGAAAUAAAAUAUCUACUUGAUUUACGAACCAAAGGAAGAACGCAAUUUAUAAGUAUGAAAAUCAGAUUCCCACCUUUUAAAAGUUCUAUAUACCAUCACCAUCUCAGGGAAAAGAGUACUCAUGGUCAAGAGAUAGUACAAGCACAACAACAGCAACAACCACGUCAGUUACAUCAAGUGAAGAAAAGACGUAAACAUACAAACACACCAUGGUAUAUGAAAGUUCAACGUAGAGUUAGACAGCAUAAAUAACUUCCAGAUUUGUAAUGAUUAUCAUUUCUCUUAUCUCUAAUUUGACUAUCAUCCAUAUUAUAUAUAUAUAUACAAACUCAGAGAAGAUUCAAUAAUCAAUGUUUGUUUUAAAUUUCUGAAAACAGAUCUUUUGCAUUUAGAAUUCUAUUAUUGUUUUAUAUUUACCAUCUAAAAAAUGUAUACCUUAUUUUUACUGUAUUGCUAUCACAUUGUUAUUGUUAUUACUAUUACUCAUGAUAUUUUCGUUCUUACAAUAUUUUUUAAAUAUAAAGUAGAACCACAAAAUGAAGAUGUUUACUGUUUCACAUUGAAUUUUAAUCAGUCGACUCUGUUAAUAACGAGAAUUAUUAUGAUUAUUGUUAUUAUAAAUUUUUAUAUGCAGUGUAAAAAGUAUACUUUUAUUUCUGUGACUGAUAGUUGAUAUCGUCAUAUUCUGCGUAGCAGAAAAAACCAUUCUCGUCAGGAAACAAUGUAUUGACAAUUUAAAGGCAUAUUAUAUAAGUUCGUCACGAUGGUUAAUGCUAUGCUACAUAACUGGAAAUCAAUUGCAGUGAUGAAGUUGUAUUUAUCGUCUGACUUCAACAUAAUCAUAAGUAUAUUAUCCAUUCUGUAUCUAUUGCUGCACUUAUUUGCCGUCUUGUAGUUUAUUUCAAUGUUAACAUAUUCUGUUGAUAAUUUACCGAAAUUCAAAA